CGAUUAUUACUCAUUGCCACCCACGUUCGGACUCGCUUCUUCGCACGACGGGGAUGAUGCUCCGGCACGAGAGCCUCCUUUCACCGCCGGGGGUAUCCUUAUAUAUAGAAGUAUCGUCUCGGAUGGAGGAGAUGGUCGCGAUCGAGCGAUCAAGGACUCGAGCGUGACGUCCAAUCUAAGGAUGAUCGGGAUCAUUGAAAUCGGGAUGUCAAUCCGGUUGCCAGUGUUCGUCCUUCUGAUCGCCACGGUCGUUCUUGGUUCAGGUGCGUACAAAGGAAACGACGGAAGCGGCGGGAGCCUAGCGUACAGGGGGAGAGCAGGUAGCGCGUACGCGGCCGCAGAUGCCUGGCAGCCAUUUCCUGGAAGCGGAAGCCACGACGGGCACAAAGGAAUUCGCAGCUACGACAACGACGGCAGCAAUCGGCCGAACGCAGAUGGAAAUCGUCGAAAUGCCGGCUGCUCCAAGUGCAAGUGGGAGGACGACGAUUACUGGGAGAAGGGCUGGGAGGAUGAAGCUGAACCGGAUGACAAAGAAGACGGUGACGACUGCUACGACGAUGGACAAUACAGAGGACAUGAUCACGGACAUCAUGGAAAUAAAGGAUCGCCUCCGGGCGUGCAGAAGUUAGGAGCGCCUAAUCCCAGUGGUGCGAGCGGUGUAGGAACUCUUGGUGGUCCUCCGGUCAAACAGGGAGACUCUGGUCAGCAGCCUGGACCAGGAUGGACCGCCGGUGCUCCUGGAAUUCCUUCGAAACCCACUUGGAAUCAAGGAUUCGACGACGGCGCGGGUUCACAGCCGUUUGGAAAUUUGCCGAACGUGGGUGCAGCGAGGCCAGCCGACGCCGGUGGAUCAAAAACUGGUUCCGAAUGCUCUGGCGGUUAUCAGCGUGGCACCGGUUGCGCUCAAGGUUCCGGCGGUGUUGGCCCCGUGAAACAACUGCCGUUCGUUGGACUUAAUCCUGCAAACGUUCAGAAAGAGGCUCCCUCCGAUUACGCCGGGGGCCCUACGGCAGUUUAUAACCCUCGGGGAUCUCCAACUGUCGGAGGAUGUUCCAACAGCCCUUACGACACCAGUUGCGCCGAUAAAUCGGUCGAUGGAACGAGGCCGCGCGACAGUUCUGUUGUGCCUUCGUAUGGACCCAGUGUGGAACAUGGACAACAUCCUGCUGGUGGAUCUCCCCAAACUAGCCCUUUUGGAUCUCUGUACGAUUCUUCUGCAAGUCAGGGACAGCGUCCUGGCAGUGGAUCUCCCCAAAGCAGUCCUUUUGGGCCUUCGGGUCAAAGGCAACGUCCUGGCAGUGGCGCGCCUCAAGGCAGUCCUUUUGGGCCUUCAGGUCAAGGACAACAUCCUGGCAAUGGAGGGCCUCAAAGUAGUCCCUUUGGACCUUUAAAUCAAGGACAAUAUCCUGGCAGUGGAUCGCCACAAAGCAGUCCUUUUGGGCCUCCAGGUCAAGAACAACAUCCUGGCAGUGGAUCGCCUCAAGGCAGUCCUUUUGGGCCUUCAGGUCAAGGACAACGUCCUGGCAGUGGAGCGCCUCAAAGAAGUCCCUUUGGACCUUCAGAUCAAGGACAACAUCCUGGUAGUGGCGCGCCUCAAGGCAGUCCUUUUGGAUCUUCAGGUCAAGGACAAUAUCCUGGCAGUGGAACGCCUCAAAAAAGUCCCUUUGGGCCUUCAAGUCAAGGACAACGUCCUGGCAGUGGAUCGCCUCAAAGAAGUCCCUUUGGACCUUCAGAUCAAGGACAACAUCCUGGUAGUGGCGCGCCUCAAGGCAGUCCUUUUGGGUCUUCAGGUCAAGGACAACGUCCUGACAGUGGAGCGCCAAAAGAGAACUCCGGUUUCGGUACAGGACCGUACAGAGAAUUUCCAGGAAGUACUAGACCGGGAAAUCCUCCAAACUUCAAUGCUGUGGCAAACGCAGUAAGUUCGAGCGUGGCAUACGCAUCCACGGGAUCAGGAGUUGGUCAUCCUACGAGCGGGCCAUCAACUCCAACGUACUCAUCCGGACCGUUGCUAGGUUCUCCAGGCUUUUCGGGUGGAAACGUUCCUUACGGAUCUCACAAGCCUAGUCACACCAAUGUCAAAGGACGUCCUUUAGAUACAACACCAAAAUUCGAUGCUUCUAAAGACGGAGAGAGCAAAAUCUUCUAUAUAGACGUAAAGCCUGCUCCAGGAAGUCCUGUGGGAGUUAGACCUCGCACCACUACAAGUGCGCCCUACAGUGUCGUAAAAACAACUCCUGUCCAACAGCCUAGUUUUUACAAUCCACCUGGAUCGACGAAACCUCCUUACCAACCUACUCCAUAUAGUGGUCCUGGUAUAACGAAACCUUCUUAUCAACCUACUCCCUACGAUGGUCCUGCUACGACGAAACCUGCUCCUUAUAAUGAUCCAGGAAUAACGAAACCUUAUCAGCCUUCUUCUUACAGUGGUCCUGGUACAACCCAACCUUUCUAUCAAUCUCCUCCUUAUGAUGGUCCAGGCAUUACGAAAUCUUCUCAUCAGCCUGCUCCUUAUGGUAGACCCGGUACGACGAAAGUUCUCCAUCAGCCGACUCCUUACGGUGGUCCUUACGGUGAUCUUGGUACAACAAAACCUUCGUAUCAACCUGCUCCUUAUGAUGGUUCUGGGAUAACGAGACCUUCCUAUCAACCUACUCCUUAUAGUGGUCCCAGCACAGUGAAACCUUCCUAUCAGCCUGCUCCUUAUGAUGGUUCUGGGGUAACGAGACCUUCCUAUCAACCCACUCCUUACAGUGGUCCCAGUACAGUGAAACCUUCCUAUCAGCCUGCUCCUUAUAGUGGUCCCACUACAACAAAACCUUUCUAUCAGCCUGUACCUUAUGAUGGUCCUGGAAUAAAGAAACCUUCUUACCAGCCUGCUCCUUACGGUGGUCCUGGGACAAUAAAACCAUCCUAUCAGCCUGGUGGUACCGAAACGACAAAGUCUCCUUACCAAUUUUUACCAAAAGAUACAAAUGUCGGUUGCACACGUGGGGCUGAAGAUUGCGGAGCUGCGAGAGGAUGUAGCGGUGGAACAAAUCUGAAUGGCUCUCCGGAUUACAAGCCCUGUGGUCAACCUGGUCUUCCAGUGGGCGUUAACAAGACUUCCGGACCAGUAGGGGGUUUCCAAGCGUAUCCAACUGAUUUUUCACAAAAUCCUCAGCAAAACAUUCCUGGUGCAAUUCAACCGUUCGACGGAUUUCCCGUGGGAGUUGGAAGCGGUUCACGAGAUUGUACGUCUGGUACAAGUAGCGACUGCACCUCUGGCUCGAUCAGACCGGCAUACGUUGACAAUAAAAUUCCUGGAGAAGGAGGAUCGUAUUCAUCGAAUCCCUUCUUAAAUGGGAAAAUUCCUAACCUAAUUGGAAUGACCCACGGUGGCCAAUUCGCAGCUACAACUACUAGCAAACCGAUCGGUCUUGGGAAUCCGUUCCUGCAACCAGGAAUCGCUGGUGCGUUCGCAGGAGCGGCAGCUUGGAGCAACGUCGGUAGCGGGGCAGCAUCGAAUCCAGCUGGUGAAAGCGUCGUUUCAAUCGGAGGAGAGACGACCAAGCCUAUCGGCAAGGACAAUCCUUUCCUCGGAGAAUCGGGGCACGGAAGGGGAGACAUCGAAAUCGAUAACCCUCCUGAUCCAACGCCUGGAGGAUCUGCGUCUUGGAGUCCAGGCAACGACCUGGCCAAUACCGGGCUCGGUCAGACCAACGUGAAUCCUUUCCUCGGCGAUAAAAUUCCACAGGGAAGCGUCAGACCUUCGGAUCGUUAUCCUGGCUCGAGUUGGAGUUCAGGGCCAAUCGACGACGCGAGUUCCUCGGCGAUGAAAAGUCCAUCAGCGGCACCACGCGGCUCGGGAAGCGGGGGAGGUGUUGGAAUCGGUUUGGGAGGAUUCGCGAGUGACAAACUCGGGCAAACCGGGCACGACGGCGGCGGUUCCUUCCCUGGCGCAUUCUCUGGAGCGUUCAGCAGUUCACAAUCCUCUUCCAACUCCGGGGCAGGAGCAACAAAUCCAAUUUUUGGACAAGCAAACGACGGAAGUUGGGCUUCUAGCGGAGCGAACGCGGCGAGUCAAGCCGGAAGCGGUGCUUGGUCCUCCAGCGGUGCAUCAGCUUAUGCGGCAAGCAGCGCUAACAGCUGGGCAGGUUCGCAACCGAGUUUCGUCAAAGGCUAACCUAUGAAUUCGCCGAAUUACGAGAACAAUUUUUUUCACUUUGCUUCGUUUGUACAUCUAUUUGUAAUUUAUUUUAUUUACUCGUCGCUUACGAUACAAUCAAAUCGAUGUACGAAAA